UCUAUCUCUACAGCAGCCUACAUAUUUGUUCAUUCUUUGAUGGCCAGCAGCAAUGGCAGAAGCAUACUCGUUCUCUCUGCUUGUUGAGCUAGGAAACCAUGAUGUCCCCAAAGUACAAAACAAGUUGAUCAAAUAUUUCCAGAGUAAAAAGUCCAACGGUGGUGAUUGUCUAGUUGAAGUCUCAAAUGGACAAAGAGCAGUUGUGUGGUUCCGGACAGAGGAGGCCAGGCAGAAGGUUUUGGGGAAGCAAGUGCAUGAGAUCAAGUUGGAUCAAGGAGUACUGAAACUGACUGUUCGACUGCCACCAGAUGGGGUCACAAGUUCACAGGAAACACCAUCUGCUGUCAACUCAGGCAAACCAAAUACUGCUGCUACUGGUCCAAAAUACUUACUUCAGGGUGGAAACACAGCUCCUCCUGAGGUUCAGGGGAAGAUGGUUACGGACGAGGAAGAGCAGGGGUCCACCUCAGCCCUGUUGGAGAACAUUCAGGAGAGUGUGGAUCAGGACUUAUUGGAGAUGCUGGUGGAGAAUGUUUUAAAAGACUCUCCUUCUGCAUCAGAGAACUUCAGUCUGGAGAUCCUGCCUGACUCCUGCUUGGCUGUUGUGACUUUUCAAAAUGCAGAAGCGACUGAGCACUUCAUGUCAAGCUGCCCCGGGAACAGAAAGUUCAUGCAGAAACAAUUACGAGUCAAACCCCUGGAGGUUACAACUAAAGUGAAAGUUGAAAACAUACCACCUAAGUUUAGUUCAGAACAUGUCAGCUUACACUUUGACAAAUAUGAGGUUGUGGAAGACGUUGUAAUGACUGAAGAGGAUCAAUCUGCAAUCAUCACCUUUCAAGAUCCGAAAGCUGUUGACAGAAUCCUAAAACAGCAACAUAAAGAGAUGAAAGUUUUCCCAUUUUAUGAAUCUCUGGGAAUGGCCCUGUAUGGCAAAGAUAGACCCAUAUUGAAACUCCCUGCUGCCUUCAAUGAGAACAUUGACCAGGCCAUUUGGAGAUACCUUUCUGACAAGCAAGGAGUUGCAGAGACCAUCCACAAGAAUAUGGCUGAUCACUUCUGCAAAGUAGACUUUCAACAACCUACCGUCCAGUUCAGCCCUCUGCCUUCUCUACUCCAGCAGAAGGAUGUCGAAGCCAAGCACAUCAACAAGUGGAAGACCACUGCCAAGGCCGUCUUCAUUCAAGCAUUGUCUAAAUUCAAGACCUGGGAGCUCCAGAUCCAGGCCAACGCAUGGGAAGCAUAUGAAGGUGCAAUACACAAGGAGAUGUCAGGGGAAGCAGUGGUUGUAGUUCCUGAUAAGCCUAGAGGUAUUGUGAAAGUGGUGGGAUUGGAAGAAGAUGUGGAUAGGCUCAAACAAACAUUAAAUGGGAUCAUGGACAGGAUUGCCAACAGCAUUGAGAGGGAGAAGACGGGCAUAACAGAGGAGUUCCUACUGCCGCCCUCUACCUACCAUAUACUUCUGCAAGACGGCCUACAGGACAAAAUUGCAAGUGAAUUUCCAGAGCUGAAAAUGACAUACAAUCAUCAGAAUCAGAGUGUAAUCUUAUUUGGCUUGACACAAGAGGUUUUGGGUGCUAACAGGAAGUUUAUGGAAGGAGGAAUGGCAGUGAAACGGAGGAUGGUGCAAUUAGACAACUAUGUCUUUGAGUUUCUGCAGAAGAACUAUGAGGGAGACGAGGAACAGUUUACCAGUUCCCUUUUCACCUCACAAGGGAUUAAUGCAGGACUAGAACUAGAAAGAAAGGGAGUACAGCUCCUGGCUGUCUCAGAGGAGGUUCUGAGCGAAGCAGAAAACCAACUAGAUACCCUUUUGAUUUCACAAGACAUCGAUGUUGAAGACUCUAAUGUUCUGAAGAUGUCGGAGUGGCAAGACCUUGUCACUGAUCUGGAGAAAGCUUUCAACACUCCAUCAAAGAAAUUCAUCAUCAGGACACCUGGUGUGUAUCCAAGUCUACAAGUGGUAAUAUCUGGCUAUAAGCAAACUGUUGAUUCAGUCCGGAAACAAGUUGAUGAGUACUUAUGUCAGAAUACUCCAGUUGAUGAAACUCUUGAGGUCAAGUCUAAGGCCAUUGUCAAAUUCAUCGAGGAACACAACAAAAAUGCUUGGUCUGAUAAGGUUAAAGACACAGUAAAAGUGUCUUUCAAAGAUAAGGCCAUUUGCCUUAGCGGCAUCAGGGUUUAUGUCAAGGACUGCAUGGACUUUUUUCAAAACUUCAUAUCCUCAACAUCCUUUGAUAUGUUGAGAGUCUCCAAGCCUGGCGGAAAGAAGCUCUUCCAGGAAAAGGAGGCCAUGUAUGUUGAAGACGUCUUCAGACAGACAGGCUGUGUGGUCCAUCUGGUUGAAAAGGAUGACCACAAGGUCCAGGCUAUGGAGGACACAGAUCAGAAGGGGUUUGGGAGCCAUGGAAAAAGUCUUCAGCGACAUAAUCAUCCAACUUUCUCGACACAGAACCAGCAUAGACUGAUUCAGAGCAGGGAUGGUUCUGACAGAGUGCAGACCAAAGAGGGGUUGACAAUCAUCCUGAUGAAAGGGAACAUCCAGGAUGCUAUGACUCAGGUGGUUGUGAACACAGUGGGUCUAGACCUGCUACUUCAUAGCGGAGCAGUCUCGAAUGCCAUCCUAAAAGCUGCCGGACCCCGACUUCAAGACCUGAUAAACGAACAGGGGCCCACUGGCAGUGCUGCUGAAGGAGCAGUCAUCAUCACUGAUGGUUGUAACCUUAAGAGCAAGCUGGUGUUUCAUACCAUUGCCCCUAAGUGGGAUCAAGGGAAAGGUGCAGCACAGAAGUUGUUGAGUGGAAUUGUGGAGGAAUGCCUGGGGAAUGCAGAGCAGCAGAGACUAGUCUCGAUGACCUUCCCUGCCAUCGGCACAGGAAACCUAGGAUUCCCCAAGGAUCUGGUGGCUUCACUUAUGCUGGAUCAGGUGCUCAAGUUCAGCAGUAAGAAGAAGCACAAACACUUGAAAGAGGUUGUGUUUAUCCUCCACCCAGGUGAUCCAAAUACUAUCCAGGCUUUCUCUGAUGAAUUUAACAAGAGGUUCACAACCAAGUCUGCAACUUCAGGUGGCUCAGCAGCGGUGUCUACUCAGAAGAUUAAAGGUUCUUCCUCAAGUUCAGCAAUGUACGAGAUAAAGAUGUCAGGAGUGGUUGUACAGGCUGUCACAGGGGACAUUACCAAAGAAACUACGGAUGUCAUUGUCAACUCUUCCAACUCCUCCUUCAGCCUCAAGUCAGGGGUUUCUAAAGCCAUUCUGGACGCAGCUGGUCCGACUGUGGAGACUGAAUGCCAACAACUCGGAGCCGAGGCUAACGAAGGCAUGAUAAUGACAAAGCCAGGCAACCUGCAGUGUAAGAAGAUCAUCCACCUGGUUAACCAGACAGACACUAAGAAGAUCCAGCAGUCUGUUGAAGGUGCACUCAAAAUGUGCACACAGAAUAACUUCACAUCCAUAUCUUUACCUGCUAUUGGCACGGGCCAAGGCAACAUACAGCCGAGUGAAGUGGCAGACGCCAUGUUGGAUGCUGUUGUGGAAGUGGUGUGCAAGAAGUCGCAGAACUCCCUGAAGCUUGUCCGAAUGGUCAUCUUUCAGCCUGCCAUGCUUACUGAUUUCCACACAAGUAUGCUUAAAAAGGAAGGCACUGACGCUCAGGAAAAGGAGGGCUUCUUCCAAAAUGUUUUAUCAUUCUUUACCAGAAGGAAAGUUGAUAAUGCACAACAGAAUGAAGUCAUUGAAAUUGAGAGCCAGGACAUGGAUCCUGCUUGCUUCCACAUCUGUGGUGUGUCGCAGGCCCAUGUUGAUCAUGCCAAGCAAGUGAUCAAGGACCUGAUCGUGAAAGAGCAAGACUUCAACCUCAUCAAUGACAAAGCCCUCUUCAGCCUAUCAGAAUUGGACCUGCAGAACAUCUAUGACAUGCAGACCGCCAUGGACGUGAGAAUAAGUUUUCACAAAUCUUCCCAAGAGGGGGCUAAACUCACCAUAGAGGGCCUCAGCAAAGACGUGCUCAAGGCUUCCAAUGAGAUCCAUGAGAUGCUGAAAAAGGUCCGGCCCGAAGAGACUUUUAAAGAUGUCCCCCAGCACUGGGAUGACAUGCCAGCCAACACUCCAUGUCUGUCAUUCCCCAUUCAACCUGAAACCCAAGAGCAUAUUGACGUCCUAAAACUAUUUGAGGAAACUUGCAAGAAGAGUGUUCUAAAGAUUGAGAGGAUCCAGAACAAAAGCCUAUGGGGGGGCUUUCAGAUCAAGAAGAAAGACAUGGAGGCCAGGAACGGUCACCAGAACAAUGAGAGGAAGCUCUUCCAUGGAGCCUGCCACACAACCAUAGAUAAGAUUAACGAGCUUGGCUUCAAUCGGAGCUACGCUGGGAAAAAUGCUGCAUUGUAUGGAGACGGCACCUACUUUGCUGUAAAUGCAGAAUACUCUGCCAUUGACAAAUACUCCAAACCGGAUCCCCAAGGCCAGAAGUACAUGUACCUAUGUCGAGUUCUGACUGGAGAUUUCAUAACAGGAACAUCGGGGAUGAAAGUACCCUCCAACAAAGUACCACCAAGUAUUAAUCUCUAUGACAGUGUGACAGAUGGUGUUUCUCCACCAUCCAUGUUCAUAAUCUUCCAUGACAGUCAGGCAUAUCCUGAGUACUUGAUCACUUUCAAGUAGGGGUGGGGGGGCGAUGUGGCCAAUACGUUGUAUUGAUCUUUUACAACUUUUUGAUCAUACAUCAUAAAUGACAUCUCAAUAUGU